AUGGAAGGACCAGUGGAUCCUGAAACUAUCUAUACGAAGCAGAGCUGCAUUGGUGGUGGAAGCUUUGGGCGAGUUUACAAAGGUGUCGAUAACCGGUCUGGCAAGCCCGUUGCGAUCAAAGUCGUCGAUGUCGAAGAUGCCGAAGACGACGUCGAGGAUAUUAUCUCAGAAAUUGCGAUUCUCUCUGAACUCAACUCCCCCCAUGUCACGAGAUACUAUGGUUCGUUCUUGAAGGGAUCUCAUUUGUGGAUCGUCAUGGAGUUUUGCUCUGGUGGUAGUUGCUCAGAUUUGUUGCGUCCCGGGAAAAUAUCGGAGGACUACAUCAUGAUCAUUCUCAGAGAGCUGCUUCGUGGCUUGGAAUACCUGCACAAUGAUCAAAAACUGCAUAGGGACAUCAAAGCCGCAAACAUCCUUUUAACUGCAGAUGGUCAGGUAAAAUUGGCAGACUUUGGCGUCUCUGGACAGUUAUCAGCAACCAUGACGAAAAAGAAUACGUUCGUUGGUACGCCCUUUUGGAUGGCCCCGGAAGUUAUCAAGCAAUCUGGUUAUGACUACAAGGCCGACAUCUGGUCUCUGGGAAUCACGGCAAUUGAACUGGCUUGUGGGGAACCUCCGUACUCUGACAUCCACCCUAUGAAGGUCUUGUUCUUGAUUCCCAAGAACCACCCGCCGACACUACAAGGAGACGAGUUCAGCAGGUAUUUUAAGAACUUUGUCGAACUCUGCUUGCGGCGUGAUCCUAGAGAACGACCAUCGGCCAGAGAAUUGCUUGAGCAUCCAUUCAUUAAGCGUGCGAAAAGGACGACCUAUCUAACUGAGCUGAUCGAACGCCAUGAGCGCUGGCAAAUCGAAAAGGCAAAUGAGAAGAACAAGGAUAAUGGCGAGGCGCAGACGCCUGACUUGAGUUAUCAGUCCUUCCACGACGCACCAACUCAGCAGGCAGCUCGGCAAGAAGUGGAAGACGAUGAUCUUUGGGACUUUGGUACCGUCCGCCCAGGGGUACGCGGAGCUGGUCUGAAGCCGAUGAAAGAUGCAGAUACCAACACCCGGAACCAAGGACAUAUGGAGUGGGAUUUGAGUGACCAACCUCAAAGGGACCAAAGGAUUCCUAGCGGUCCUCAACUGGCAGCACCACAUAGAAAACCCAGCGGUCCUCAGCCGAUGUCGCCGCAAAGGGGCAGUUUCCAAGCCAUUCCGAACCCAUCUCCCACAAAAGUGCCUCUUCCACCAUCUCCCGUAAAGCCGAUACCCAUACAGAACGUGCCUCAAACGCCUACACACCUUCAAGGGCCCACUGUAUUUCCACAGAAGGAAAGCCCUGGCACGAGCGAGUACGACAGGGAACUACAGCAAUCAUUGGUACAAGACUUAGGGUUCCUUCAGCUGGACCGCCCCACGGAUGUCCGAUUACCUUCCCGAGAACUGAAGGUAGAGUCAACCGAGCCGCUCUCCCAACAACCUCUAGCACAACCUGUCAAACCAUCUCCGCGUCAAGGACACAUCCCAUCACCGCCCCCACAUAAGUCUCCUAAGAUUCCCAGCCAGGGCUUCAUGCCAGCCCCAGAAGUACGUCCCCAGCAGCCAGCAUUUGCUCAAUCCCAUGUCCGCCCUCCACCAACCCCCAAACACAGGUCGCCACCGUCGCAGCCGCCUUCGCAGCCACAGACACCAACGCGUAAUCCGCAAUCGCCAAAGUCUCCUACGACGUCCACUUUCAACAACGCCAACUACCUUCGCGGAGGAGCUAGAGCCAGUUCACACGAGAUGAACAGGCCAUCGCAGCCGCAGCAACAGCCGCUGACGCCGACACGCAAUCCGCAAUUCCCCACGACUUUCAAUAAUGCCAACCCUCGCGGAGGACCUGGUGCCAGCUCACAUGAAGCCAACAGACCGUCAUCAUCAUCAAACGAAAUCACGGCACUGAAUAGUGUCCUCGUACCUGCGCUCAAGGCAGCUAUACGCCGUCGUUCCCGCCGGAUGGAGCGCCUUCGACGGAACGUCGGAAACGAGCGGAGCAGCGAGGUGAUCGACCUCCACGAGCGGCGUGAAUAUGCACACGAUAUGAUCGAGUCACUCGUAAGUGAUAUAUCCGGGAUGUUCACCAGGAUCGAACGCUUGGAUCAGGAGGCUCCGAUUGGAAUGGGUGCGGAUGUCUCGUCCUUCCUAGAAGGAUUUCUCGAAGAAGUCCUUGUCAGGAUCGAACCGGCUGAUGAAGAGCCGAGUCCUGGUAAGCGCUAA